AUGGAGAGCGAACUGAAGCGACAGCCCAAACUUCUGGAGGACGAGCUCGGUCGUCCACGUAUAGCGUGUCGAGAUGAUUCCAUGGCGGCCGCGGAUGAGCUGUUCCGUAGGGACGUCUUUGAAUCCUUCGCGUGCGCGCGCAGAGCGCUUGAGUCGCAGAGCGUGUUGGACUACGUCUCGCGCUGCACGGAUGAUCGUGUUCCGCCGCUUAUGCUGGCCGAAAACCUCUCCAUAUCCGAGUGUUGCGAGUUUUUGAGAUGUUUCAACGUUUCAUCGGCGCCCGUGCUCACGGUGGACACGCUCAAGUUCGUUGGAUGGUUCUCGACGGUCGACGCGUCAUCCAUAGUUUGGAAUCGAAUCGUGGCGACGCGACCACCGCCAGCGCACGUCGUCCGUCAGACCGCGAAAUUGGCGGGAACGCCGCACGUACACUCCGCGUGGGGCGUUUUGCGCAAAGCCGUGCGCACAGUGACGUCGUUCGAGCGUCUGAGUGGCGACGCCGUGGAGCGUCGAGAAGUCGAGCUCGACAACGCUCGCCGAGAGUGGUUGGAAUCGAUCACAAAGGAGGACAUCGAGCGCGCAAUCGCGGAGGCGUUAGCCAUGACACUUCACGACGCGCGACGAAUGACACAGUCAGAGGAGGACGGUCGAAUGGUGAGCCGCGUGACGGCGACGGACGCGGACUUGCUCGAACUUGUUCGAUCCGGUUUCCUGAGGCACAUCGUGUCGCCGGGAAGCGAAAUUUCGCCAAGACAAGCGCAUCCUUGUCAUCGCGUGUGCGUGUACGAUUUGAAGAUCGACGAAAAAGAUGAAUGCAAAGAAAAGAUGGUCAUUCACGCGCUGAUCAGCCAAUCGGACAUCGUUCAAUUCCUGUACGAGAAGAGCUCAACGUUUGACGAAAAGCUUACACGAAGAAACUUAUCCUCGCUUGGCCUUGGUAGUCGUAAAUCGCAUCGAGUGUUUCCGGACUCCGACGUUCUCUGCUGUUUUCCGCAAACUCGAUUACUUGAGGCUUUCGGGUUGAUGCACGUGACGGGACGAUCAUGCUUGGGUGUCGUCGACGAACCGCGAGGCAAGCUCGUCGACGUCCUCUCUCUCACCGAUCUCACAGACGCCGUGUUCAGCGCUAGCGACUUCGUCGCCACUGUCGAGGACUUCCUCGCCAGUCGCAAAUUAGACCGCAUCCCACUCGCGGUGGUCCACGAAGACGCUGACUUCAUCGAUCUCCUCACCGCACUCGCCGAGAACGCCAUACAUCACGUCUUUGUCGUCGAUUUGGAGAGCUCGCCGCUUCGAGUCGUCACGCCGACGGAUAUAAUUUCGCGCCUGGCGCUUCCGUCCGCGCGUAAGCUCGGAUGGCGAUUCGAUUCGUUCGACAUCCAUCCCGACACGUUCGAGUACAACCCCAGCGCCGUGAAAUCGGCGAAGAAAUGA